AUGUCCAACCCUAGAGUCUAUUUCGAUGUCGCAGCCGGAGGCAAGCCUCUCGGUCGCAUCGUAUUUGAACUUGCGGCCGAUACAACCCCACGCACCGCUGAGAACUUCCGUGCUCUUUGCACUGGCGAGAAGGGUUUCGGUUACAAGGACAGCAUCUUCCACCGUGUCAUUCCCCAGUUCAUGCUUCAAGGUGGUGACUUCACCAACUUCAACGGCACUGGUGGCAAGUCCAUCUAUGGCAACAAGUUCGCUGAUGAGAACUUCACUCUUAAGCACACUCAACCUGGUCUCCUUUCCAUGGCCAACGCUGGUCCCAACACCAACGGCUCCCAAUUCUUCAUCACCACUGUCCCCUGCCCCUGGUUGGAUGGUAAGCACGUUGUCUUUGGCAAGGUCGUUGAAGGUAUGGACAUCGUUCAGGCCAUUGAGAAGUGUGGCAGCCAAAGCGGUCGCACCACCAAGGAAAUCAAGAUCACCAACUGUGGUCAACUCUAA